AUGGACCGAAAUUGCCCUUCGCGCACCUCGCGUCGCUGCGCAUGUGCGCCGUGGCGACGGAGAGUGUUGCUUGUGUGUGCAUGGGCAGUAACUGCGGUCUUGCUAAGCAACUGCGUACUUGCCUGGCCACAGUUUCUUUACGUGAGGCGCCGCGAAGAGCUGCCUGCGGCAGUGCGGGCGGAUGCGGAUGACGUGCACGCGCGCACAUCCCCUCGGCUGUUCCCCGGUACGGUGGAGCGUGGAGAGCAAGCCCGUAUGCUCUGGGAGGAGGCCGAAGCGAAAGGGCGGCUGAGUCCGUGCUGGAAGCGCUCCCUGCAGCUGCUGCAUGCCAAGUGCGCCGAGGUGCGGAACGAGGACACCAUGCGCAGCCGACUGGCACUCUUUAUGGCCACGUGUGACGCGAAUAGCGACGGACGCGCCCACCCGAGCUUCCAUUGUGGCUCUGCUGCUACGCAGCCUUCAGAACUGUCGGCUCAUGCGGUGCGUCAGUGCGUGCAAGGGUUGUCCGACAGCGCCUACGCAGCCUUCUUGCAGUACCGCCUUCACGCCGACGUGUUGUGCGCCUAUUUGGAGGAGGAGUUGUACCAGCAGCGCACUGAAGCCGCGGUCGCCGCAAUGCACCUGCAGAUGCAACGCAGCUCGCACAUGCUGACUGCGUUGCAGCACUCUGGCGCGGAGGUGGUGGCCCUCAUGAAGGAUUCGCAGACGCUCCAGCAAGAGUCGCGCGAGGCUGCGUCGUCCUUGCUCCAUCAGCUCGACCUUCUCCACAACGGCCAGGCAGCGGCGCUGCAGUCUCUGCAGCAGGCCGUCAGUGCCAUUUUGCACACCAGCAGUCACACCGACGCGGCGCUCGGCGAGCUGCACACGCGCGUGCAGGGGGCCGCUGCCGAAGCGCUCGCCUCUGUUCAGGCCCUCAGCCAGGAGACUCUCAAGAGGUUUGCCGAGGUGGAGGCGCAGACACGCGGUGUGGUGCGGCUCGUGCAGCAAAUGGACACGCUGCAUCAACUGCUGGCCCGUCAACGGCUUCCACGGCAUCGCAUGGCGUGGGUGCUUGGAUGCCUUUGUGGUGUACUGGCUCUCACAUGCCUCCCGCAGACGGCAGCUGCGCGGCUGCCGGCAACCUUGCUCACCGUCGUCGGGUGUGCUGGGGUACCGCUGCUGCGGUGGUGGACCGGACAGGCGCGGUGGCUAUUCCUGCACGAAACGGCGUGGGAGUCCCUCUGCUUGUCGUUGGCGGUGGGGCUUGUUGGCUACUGCGCCUACCGCUAUACACCGUCCGACACGUAUCGGCACCGAAGCCUGGCGCGGAAGGAGGCAAUACGCGUGUGGGGUGAGCUACAGCUGCAGCAGCAGCAGCAGCUUGGUGAUGCAAUGCUGCAACCGUAUGUGCCUCAAAUCCCCAUCCUGGGUCCUCAACCCCACCCACGCAUGGUGCGGAGCGGUGCACCUGAAGCAUCCCUGAGUGUCGCCCACGCAUGGCCUCCGCUGUCCAUCGUGGUGUCUCCACGCGACGACGAGGUGGAAGCGACCUCGACCACGGCCGACGGCUCCCACUGCACCGCGUCCAGCGAGGGCUCUGUGAGUGUACCGGACGAGGUGUCCAGCGCUGCUAGCACACCAAACCGCAAGCGCGGUCGCCCGUUCACCGCAGGCGACGACGCCGUUCGUCAUCACGCCACGGCCCGCACCAGGCGCUCGACGGCACGCAGCACCUGCCGAACGACGCGCAGGAAAGGAUAA